CCGAUGGACGGCAGGGUGAGCCUAUGCGUGCGGCGGGCGGGGUCCCGCCCCCGGAAGUGUGCUCGCUGUCGGCGGCGCGGGCCGGUCCCGGCGGGAGGUCCGCCAUGGCCGGCGGCGGGGACGCGCUCCGUGCCCUACUCCGCGCCGCUAACGCCCUCCUGCAGCAGCACCGCUACCGCGCCGCGCUCGCCGUCCUCAAGGGCUUCCGCAACGGGGCCGUUUAUGGAGCAAAAAUUCGUGCCCCACAUGCCCUGGUGAUGACUUUCCUAUUCAAGAGCGGAAGUUUAAGAGAGAAAUUGAAAUCGAUUGCUCAGGCUACGUACACUCAUUCCCGGAACUUGGCGUAUUUUGUGUCCACCUACAAGGGGCUGAUGGCGUUGCAGUCCCGACUACAGGGGAAAAAAAUUCCGUUUCAUUCUUUCUUUGCAGCCUGCAUUGGGGGUUGGCUAGUGUUCGGUGAGAACAAUCCCAUCAACAGCCAGAUCAUUAUGUACCUGCUUUCUCGUAUCCUGUUCGGCUUGUCUCGGCUGGCAGUGGAAAAGGGCUAUGUCCCACAGCCAAAGCAGGAUCCCUUUCCGCUUGUCGCUGCUCUGAUAUGGGGGACAGUUCUCUGGCUCUUUGAAUACCACCGGCAAACUCUGCAGCCUUCUCUGCAGUCCUCCAUGACCUACCUAUAUGACGAUAGUAAUGUAUGGCAUGACAUUUCUGACUUUCUCAUUUAUAACAAAAGAACAGACAGCAAGUAGGUGGUUCAUUGUAAAACACCUUUGAAUGGGAUGGUACCUUCCAGCAGCGAAGAGAAAAGGUUAUUCUAUUGCUCUUGACUGGUGAUGUUUUUUUAAAUUAACAUCUGUCAGGCAGAGUUGCCUCUUGUGUCCUGGCCAAAAUGUUCUAAUUAGUCUUCUCUGGGCUCUGUUUAGAGCAAGUAAAUACUCCACGGAAACUUGUUGCAGUCUUUUUAAAAAAGGAGGCCUUAUUUUCCCUGCAAGUAUGGCUUUUAGGGGUUUUUGUGUUUGAAGACAGUAAAUGUACUUACAAAACAACAGCCUGAUGGUAAAUGGAGAGUAUGUCUAAUGAUGAAAAAUGUUCUGGGGAUAGUCUGCAUGCUCGCAAGACAGAAGCAUUUUUCUGUGCUGCUGUGCUCGCUCGGGUGUGAUGGGAGUGGGGGACCUGCUCAGAUCUGAAAGCAGGGACAUAAUUUCUUGAUUUCUGUAGCUGACUGGAAAUCUUGUUUAAACUAUUACAAGAACAGUUGUGUGCUCCUUAAGAGAGUUCCUCUGCAGUUUUCCCUCGGGGAGACAAUAAGAUGUUUGAGAAUAAAACUGUUAAGAUUGUCUGGUAUGAGCCUGCUAAGUCAGGCGUGGAAGGACUAUUUUUGUUCAGUUUCUUUCAUGCACUUGGGCUGAAUCUGUCCCUCUGCAGAGUGCACUAAUUAAUACCCUGGAAUUAUUUUACACUUAUUUGUAAAGCUUUUAAAAGCUGCUUGAACUAAAUACCAAAAACAGUUACGCAACUUAGACUCCUUUGAAAACAGGCUGAGGCACAUUGCACGCCCUCAGAUAUCACACUGGGUACUUUAUAUGUAGAAGCGAGCAACGCUUUUAACAAGCACUUUUAUUUUGGUGGAAGAUAAGCACAUGGGUUUCUCUUGGGUCCAGAAUCUACCCUCCACAGCAGUGGCAUUUGUUAGCUGUAUUCAAACUUAAAUGUACCUGUAGUUUGUGCAGGCUUGUUGCUGAGCCAGGUUGAGGCUGCAGAUGAAUAUAUGAGCAAAUCUUCCUCUUAAAAAUACACUGCUGAGCCCCAGAUGCAGUGCGGCACACACUGGGCUUUAACAGAAGAUUGACUAGAUAGCUGAGAACAAAAACUGGUUUAAAAUUAAUAAAUUCAAACUGUUAACAGUGCAAAGCACUUACACUGCCUUAUAACACUAUACCAUUCACUGAAUGAUGUACAUUAAAAUAAUUCCUGACA